GCAACUACCAUACGAAUCAACAACACUCGGUCUUCUUACUCAACAAGGAAGGAAGGAUACGGUUUAUCAAGAUGGAUAAGAAGAAAAAAUCGACCUUAAUGACACCAGAUCCGUACCAUAUCCCAGGAUAUUGCGGCUACUGUCCGCAAUUUAAGUACCAGAUUGGAGAGACAUUUGGACAGACUACUUCUACWCUUCUCACGAGUCCAAUUGAAACUGUUGCAAGCUCUGGGAAGCCCGUUCUGGCUGAGAUCGAAGCAGAAAAACCACGCAAGUUUGACGACAGAAGAGAYGUGAUUGCAACUCGGACAUUUAGUCUUGGAGACCAAAAACUCACMGACAARAUGGUGCCWGGCUAUACUGGUUAUAUUCCCAAGUCUGAGCACUACUUUGGCAAUUCCUACGCCGAAACAUCACGAAGUGCGAUUGCCAGUUUCCAAAAAGAUCAAGUCGGACAUCACAAGAAAACGACAGAUCUCCGAACGAUUGCCGACCUUCAACAAGGCAAACAGGUUCUUCCGGGACUGAUGUCGGAAAGCACUCGUGUUGCGUCGAAAUAUAAAGUUCCCUUGAAGCCAAUAGGAGUGCCUCAACAGUAUUACUCCAAAAAAGCAAUGCAACACUCGCUGUCUCCUUUCGCUUUGAGCAACGGUGAUCCAAAGAAAUUCUUAAUGUCCGGUUAUACGGGAUUUGUACCGCUGUACCGGGGAUGCAUGGGUCUGGGGUUUCCUGCUCUUACUAAUAAAGCCUUGUGCGAAUUCACCGACGAAACAACCAGGUUGAAGUCAAUUGAAAACCAACCAGUUGUUGUACGUAGACCUAAAGUGAAACCAGUAAAGAUAAGUACCAUCUACGAGAUGAAGCCAGGAACAGGGCUGGUACCACACUACACAGGACAUGUACCCGGAGAAAAAUUCCGUUAUGGGAUGACGUUUGGAUACAGUACCCAGCAUGCACAGCACGCUUUGAAAACCUAACCGAGUGAACCUGGGACCCAGAAGAACUUGGUCUAUUGCAUGAGGACGUCAUAACCACCCGACUCUACUGACUUGUGUAACGAGUAACAACCAGCAAAUKAAUUUUCUAUGGAAAUAAGAGUGGCCUGUAUAGUUUUAUAGAUAAAAACCUAACCUAUAUAUAUCAAUAGAGGUGUGACAGUAGUAGUAUCAUAGUUUAUAGUGUUUACCAGAACUUGUCUCGAAUUUCAAAUACUCAAACGGUCUCACUGAAAGUUUCUAUGUAAUUCAUGAAAACAUGUGCGCGCAUGGUUGAAAA